AUGCUGGACAUUCUCGAGAGGUGCAUAAACGAGGACAGGGGGAAGGGGGGUGCGGGGCUGCGGGUGUGCCGGAUCGACGGCGGACACAGCGACCUCGAGAGACAGCACACCAUCGCGCGUUUCAACGCCAACAACAAGAUCUCCGUUUGCCUCGUCAGCACCGGGGCCGGCGGCACCGGCAUCACCCUGACGGGGGCGGACCGUGUGAUCCUGUCCGAUCCCUCCUGGAAUCCAGCGGACGACAUGCAGGCUGUUGAUCGAGCCUACCGCAUCGGGCAGAAGCGUGACGUGAUUGUUUACAGGAUGAUCGCGGCAGGCACGGUGGAGGAAAAAAUGUACGAGAAACAGAUAUUUAAGGAUGGUUUGAGGCGGACGGUGAUGGGCGGUACCGUGAAGCGGAAGAAGAACGUGCGAUACUUUUCAAGGUCGGAGUUGAAGCAGCUCUUUACCCUCUACCCCGCGGGAGCCUGCCGGGUACUGGACCAGCUGAACCAGAUGCACGGCCCUCUCAGCGGCAGGCUGGAGGCCGCGGAAAGCCGCGCCCAGCGCGACAUCUCGCUCGACGGGCACCUGGACUUCGUGUGCGGCCUGCGGGGUGCCUAUGGCGCAAGUGCCCACGGGGACGGCCUCCCGAAAAUCGUCCAGCAACCGGCAGCCGAGGGCGAUAGCGGUAUCGGCGGCGGCGGCGAGGGUGGCUGGCACACGAGAAACCAGAUCGACGAGGAGGAGGACGAGAGCGACGUCGAGGACAGCGACGGCGCCGGCGACGGCGCGAGGGGGAUGCGCGGCGGCGGCAUGCACGGGUUGCUCGAGGAGGACCUGAUCGCCCUGGAGCUAGAUCUCGACGACGGCGAUGAUGAAGAUGACGAUGACGAUGACGGAGGCGCGACGAUGGCCCCGCGGCCGGCCGGUAGGAAGGGGAAAGGGCCGUCGCGGUUACUCCGCCGCCAUCAGCCGUCAGGGACGGAGUCUUCUUCUUCCAGCGACGACGUCGUGGAGGGUGGGAGUAGACCGGUGCUGGACUUGAGCGUGGCGGGAGCGGACCGGUCGACGGCGAUCGCGCUCAGCGGGGACUCGGAUUCCGAGUGCGAGUUCGGUGGUGUUAGCAAGGGCCACGACGUUGUCGAGUUGAUGGACGAUGACGACGACGAUGGCGGCGGUGGCCGUGCAGAUGGUGAGGUGUCCGUGGGGUUACCGCGAACCCCAGUUGCUAUCAACGACAGCGGUGGUGCCUGCAGCAGCGGCAGCGUCGAAGCUUCUCGAGAAGGCCUCGGGACCCCCGAAAGCUGGUCGGUGUCAACCCCGCCCCCCGGGUCGCCUCCGCCUAUUGGUGGGGGAUCGGCGCACAACGAUAGCCCGAUGAGUACUGGCGGCGGCGGGUGCGAGUCUUCCGGGAGCAAUUCCCGACCGCUGUGGGAGUGGAACGACCAAGAAGAGAUGGGGUACGAGGAGGAGAAAGAGACGGUGGGAGGAAUUGAAGAGCCCGGGGACUCGGCAUCGGCAUCCUCGCCGUUCACGUCUGGUCGCAGCAUCGUCGGUGACUUCAGCGGCGGCACGUCUCCCGCCUUCUCCGCUAAGAAGGAAGAGGAGGGAGAGGCGUCGGCUGCAGUCCGGGCCGGCAGAGAGAGAGCCCGGCGAUGGGCCAACGAUGAGCUCGGUGUUAGCCCCGUGGCCUCGUCUUCUCCAUCUGGUAGAGGCGGUGGUGGUGGCGGCGGAAGCACCGUCGGAGACACCGCUGAAGAGGGCGAAACCUUAAGGCGAGCGAGCGAUGCUUCGAAGAAGGUUUCCGCUGCGAGGAAGAGGGCGAGGGAGUUUGCGGUGGAGGAGCUCGGGGCGGAGAUGGAGGGUGACGGCCGUCAUGGUCUGAGCAGCUCGUACUCCUCAGGAGACGACGAUGACACGGAAAGGUGUAACCCGCGUGAUGUGCAAGUGGAGGAGGAACAACAGCAUGGGGGCUAUCGUAGCUCGGAUGAUUCUAUGGAUGGUGGCGUGGAGGCGGUAGCGUUGUACGACGGAGGGGGGAGCGAUGAGGGUGACGGCGUAGACCGUUCAUCAACGGGAGGGAAUGCCGAAGAUGGGUGCGGUGCCGAGGAGGAGGAAACCGUCCGGGACGGAAGCUUUAGCUCAGCCAUAGUGAUGGUGGACUCGUCUUCCUCCCCCGCUCGUGCGGCGGCACCAGGAGAGCCGACGGCAACGGCAGACGACAGCCCCGGUACCACCACCACCACCAGCGGCAGGAGGUGGAACGACGGCAAUGCCGCGGCGCCCUACUGUUCCUCCUUCCCGCCACUGGUCGGCGGGGAGGAGGGGAACGAAGCGGUCGGAGAUCAGUCGCUUCCGAACGACCACCUUCUGUUGGCGACGCCGACGCCGAACAACGGGGAUGGUGAUGAUGGUGGUCCCACGCCAGCGCUUGACGCAACGGGUCGGGGGGGCUACGGCGGUGCUUGGCCGCAGAGCGUUAGAAGCAGCGUUAGUUCGAGGUCCAGCUACGCGACUGCGGGCUCGAGUCACCCGCAGGACGUGGACGGGGUGGCAGCCGUGGCGGCAGAAUCAAGAGGGGAUGAAAGCUUGGGAGGGCACGAACGUGGCGACGGUGAUGUCGGGAGUUCAAGCAGACCGAAGGCAUGCUUUGCUUCUCCUUCUUCUGGCGGGGGGGGGGCUGAGAGGAGCCCAGACGGAGGAGCAGCGUGCGACAAGGGCCAGCGCAGCGGCAGCAAGGGAUUGCAGGAAGCGCCGGUGGAGUUUUCUCCCGUCCCUCCCGCUCCUACUUCAGCCCCAUCGUCUCCUGCGGCUGCUGCGGCUGACGGUGCUCAUUUCGCACCCCCGGCGGCGGCGGCGGCAGCAGCGGUCUGCGCGGCUCACAAGGCGGUUGCCGAGAGCGCCGGUUUCACGUGUCGCCGGUGCUCGUGUGCCGCGGGCGCGGAGGCGGCGGAGCAGGCGAAGGGCCUGCUGUUCGAGGCCUGGUCGAACGAGAGGGAGGGAGACAUGUACGCGGCGAUGGGCGUGUGCCUCGAGGCGAUAAAGCUGUGCGAUGAGGACAUGGAGCUGCACAAGACGAUCUCGCGCAUCGGCUCCCGCAUGGGUUGUCUGUCGUAG